AUGAAUGGCGGACUCGAGUCGCGUGAUAGGGGAACUCGCGCCGCAGGCCUUGCCGCAGCACCAACGCCGCCAGUGCUUCGGGAGGCAUCAGCAAUUGCCGUAGCGGCAAUCGCGGCGGCGAAGGCGGUGCAGAGACGAACGCUGGAGUGCGCGAUCGACGCCGUUGAUGCGCUCACCGCCUGGUGCGGCGGAGCGAGCGGCGGGGGAAUUAGCGGAGGCGGAGCGGCUGGGGGAAGCGGGGCAGGGACAAUGGGCGGGGCGCUGAUGCGGCGCGGAGGGGGGGCCGGGGGCGGAGGCGCAAGCGGGUUGUGGGGAGGCGGAGACCCGCUGAAGGGGAGUCGGAAGAUGUGGGUUGCGGGGCUGAUGGUGGUUGCGCUCAUCAGCCUCCUGCUACAAUCAACCUCAAUAUCACACCUGCUAUCCGCCUGCCCGCCUAACGCCCUCCUCUCUUCCCCUCCCCUCUCUCCCUCCACUCCCCCCCUUCGCUUUCGCCCUCCCCUCUCCCCCUUCCCUCUCUCCCCAUUUUCCCCUCUUCCCCUCUUGUCUUCCCCACAUCCCCCACCCCGCGUCCCCGCUUCCGCCAGCCUGGCGAGCAGCGAGGCGCAGCUGGCGCAGCAGGUGCGCGCGCAGGCGGGCGCGGUGUCAGAGCUGGCGGAGCGCGCGCAGCAGCAGGUGCAGCUGCUCGGCGCGCUGCUGAAGCGCACGGAGGCGCUCGAGGGCGCGCUGGGGCGCCUGGCGGACGGGCGCGAGCGGGAGGUGGUGGCGCGGGAGAUUGGCGCGCUGGGGGGCGGGGGAGGGGGCGGGGGGAGGGGGAGCGGGAGGGGGAGGGGGAGGCGGAGGCGGAGGGGGAGUGGGAGAGGGAGGGGGUGGGGGAGGGGGAGCGGGGGAAGGCGUGCAGAGCAUGGGUUACGGCUGCAGCGGGCGAUCAUAGAUGGGCUUAAGGCGCGCGUGCAGCAGCUGCAACAGGACGUUGCUGCUGCCCGUGCUGCCCCCGUCACCACUGCUGCCACCGCCCAACUUCCCCUUAUCUCCCCUCUCUCUCCUUUCCCUUUCGCCCAUCUCUUGCAGCAGGAGGUUGCUUCUGCCCGUGCCACCGGCACCACCACUGCCAUGCACAACCCCCUUUUUCCCCCUAUCCCCCCUCUCUCUCCCCCUCUCUUUUGCUCCCCGCAGUUACGGCUGCAGCGGGCGAUCAUAGAUGGGCUCAAGGCGCGCGUGCAGCAGCUGCAACAGGAGGUUGCUGCUGCCCACGCUUCCCAUGCCAGCACCGCCUCUACUGCCACUGUUUCCACUGCUUCCCGCACCACUAGUGCUGCUACUGAGGGUAGAGCAGCGGGGACAAGGGGGGAGCAGCAGCAGCAGCAGCAGCAGAAGCAGCAGGAAGGGGAGGAGCAUGGGAAGGGGGAAGCGGAGGGGCAGGGGGAGGGGGAAGGGAAGGAGCAGGAGCAGGAGGGUCGUGGGGAGGAGGAGUCACAGCGGCAGCAGCAGGAGGAAGGGGGGCAGGGACACCAGGAAGGGGGACAAGGGCAGCAGGAGCAGGAUGGAGGUGCGGGAGGGGAGGAGCAGAGAGGGGUAAAGGAGGAGGGAGGCAUGGUUAGAGAGGCCCGGGGUGAAGACUUGGAGCUGAUUGGACGAGACGAAGAAUACACACCAUUCCGAGAGUACUCUACACCAUCAGGCUACAAGUUUGUUCGCUUCAGUGCACAUCGCAUCUCCCCAACAGCCUUUGCAGCAGUGGGCGUGGCCCCUCUGUCUGCACGCCACCUCUCCCAGCCCCUCUCCCACUGCGUCUGGCUGCCCCCAGAUGGUUCCCCCCUCGCCCCAGUGAGAGGAGCCGUCUCAACGGUAUUCCCCUCACACCCCCCGGAGGCCCCCAUGGAAACAGUGGUGCUGCGCUGCUCCUUUGCCCCACCUGCUGCGCCUGGGGAGGGGGAGAAGCAACGGGGGGAGGGGGAGGGGGCGCUGCCGUUGGGGGGCAGGGUGGCAGCGGUUAUGGCGGGAGGCAUGACUGUUCCCCUCAUCAGGGAGCAACACCUCUUCGACAAAUCACCACCCACCACCACCACCACCUUUCCGCCGCCCUUCCCAUCCCACCUCACCCUCUGUCUCCCCCCGCUCCACGGCCCAUCCAUCUCCCCGCGCGCCCUCCUCGAGUUCCUCUCAUACCACCGCCUCAUCGGCAUCACCUCCUUCCUGCUCUACAACGCGGGGGGCGCCACCGACCCCGUGCGGGCCGUGAUCCACGCCCAGGCAGAGCAAGGCAGGGUGGAGACAGGCCAAGGCACGGCCCAGGCAGGGCAAGGCAGGGCGGAGCUGGUGGAGAUGGCAGGGCUGUUGGAGCGGGAGCAGCUGUGGAACCACGGGCAGGUGCCGGCGCUGCACGACUGCUUGUAUCGGUCCCGCAUGGCGGCGCGCUGGGUGCUCUAUCUUGACUUGGAUGACUACCUCUGGCUGCCGCCUGUUACUGAGCCCCGGCCGCUCCCGCCCUUGCACAUACUGUUAGAGACCUAUGAUGCUGGUAACUCGAUCGAAGUGCUUGGCUUGCCCGACCCCAGCGCACCCGGCAUGGCAGCAGGGGGAGACACGGCGACAGCAGGAGGGGUGGACGCAGGGGGGGGGCGGUUGUGGAGAGGCGGGGUGGUGCGGGAUAAGAAGGUACCCAAGGAGUCGCAGUGGGGGGGGGAGAGGGAGGGCGAGAUGCAGGUGGAGCGGUUUGUGUUCCACUGGCCGGAGCCGGCAUGCCAUGACAAUGAGAAGGACGGCGAGAGGAUUUUCGACCCGUCUCUGUGCCCGGGGGAGCAGGGCCACCGGAAAUUUAUUGUUGACCCGCGAAGAGUUGACAGCAUGGGAGUGUUUGGCCCGAUCCCCUCCCACCCCACCUACCCACGCAUGGCGCAUCUCAGCACGAGUGACCUGCAGCUGCUGCACUACAGGGAGCUGGGGUCGGGCACACAGCAGGGCGUGUGCACGAGCGACCUGCAGCUGCUGCACUACAGGGAGCUGGGGUCGGGCACGGCGCAGGGCGUGUGUGACGAGCCCACUCCCCGCUGGCGCACCGUGGGGUGGUGGCACACCGAUGCUUCCUAUGCGCGCUCCAUUGCUGCCUUGAGACAACGAGCGCAAUGCAACUUCACCAGUGGAGGGGUGAGUUGGGCUUGA